UGAACCGACCCCCGGCCGAAGACAAGGCUGAAAAAACACUGCUUGGAGAGCGUUUUUAUGCCUUUCUCGGAUUAAUUUUCGUCUCCAAUUUGUUUCAUUUGGGGGUUAGAAUAUUAAUUUUGUAACCCGGUCAGCCUCCGCUCUUGCGCGCCUCCUGCAACUCGUUGCGCAUCGGCCCGAUCAGUCUUGAAACAGACUUUUUUUUUUCUCUGUUGGGUUGGAAAAGUUUAAAAGCGGGUGAAUGUAUAGCAUGAUGAUGGAAACUGACCUCCACUCCCCCGGCCCCCAGACGAACACGACUCCGGGGCAAACGGGGCCGAACGGCGGGUCCAACAAGGCGAACCAGGAGCGCGUAAAGAGACCCAUGAACGCGUUCAUGGUGUGGUCCCGCGGCCAGCGCAGGAAGAUGGCACAGGAGAACCCCAAAAUGCACAACUCGGAGAUCAGCAAGCGGCUGGGCGCCGAGUGGAAGGUGAUGUCCGAGGCGGAGAAGCGUCCGUUCAUCGACGAGGCGAAGCGGCUGCGCGCCAUGCACAUGAAGGAGCACCCGGAUUACAAGUACCGGCCGCGCAGGAAGACCAAGACGCUGCUGAAAAAGGACAAAUAUUCCCUGGCGGGCGGGCUGCUUUCCGGGCCCGGCGGCGUCGGCGUCGGCGGGGGAGUGGGUUUAAGCGUCGGCAUGACCUCCUCCGGGGUGGGACAGAGGCUGGAGAGCCCCGGGGCGCACGGCGGCUCCGCCGGCUCCGGCUACGCGCACAUGAACGGCUGGGCCAACGGUGCGUAUUCGGGGCAGGUGGCCGCGGCCGCGGCGGCCGCUGCGAUGAUGCAGGAGGCGCAGCUGGCCUACAGCCAGCAGCACCCCGGCACCGGAGCGCACCACCACCACCACCACGCACACCACCACCACGCACACAACCCCCAGCCCAUGCACCGCUACGACAUGUCUGCGCUGCAGUACAGCCCCAUCUCGAACUCUCAGAGCUACAUGAACGCUUCUCCGUCCGGCUACGGCGGGAUCUCCUACACGUCGCAGCACCAGGGCUCCGCCGGCGUCUCCUCCUCCUCCUCCUCCUCGGCUGCCAUGGGGACAUUAGGCUCGCUGGUUAAGUCGGAGCCGAGCGUAAGCCCUCCCGUCAGCAGCACACACUCACGGGGUCCUUGCCCCGGAGACCUGAGAGAGAUGAUAAGCAUGUAUUUACCCGGGGGAGAGCCCGGGGGAGACCCGUCCAUGCAGAGUAGACUCCACGCCCUGCCGCAGCAUUACCAGAGCGCCGCGGCUGGAGUGAACGGGACGCUCCCUCUAACACACAUUUAAAAAAAACUCAAUUGAAAAACUGCAAACGAACACAUAACCAAAUAUUUACCUCUUUUCUAAAUAACCCCCCUCCGAAUCCCCCCGAGAGCUACCUUGCAUUUUGUACAGAAUGUUUAUGGUAUUGUAAAAAAAAAAAUGAAGGGUAAAUAACAAAUUCAUCUGGGCUUUUUUGCUUUUUUGAAUAGCCACCAGUGGGAUUAUAUAACAUAUAUGAUGCUGAGAUAUUGGUUAUUGUGCUAUUAUCAUCUUUUUUUCCCAUUACUUCACAGUCUUAGUUGAGGGUAAAGGGCACGUUCAUCUGGGGGGUAUUUCCUUCAAUUGUCUCAUAAUUUUUUGGGGAGUUUUUUGUAACUUAUUUAAAAAUAAGAUAACGUGUCAUAAUCAUAAGAAAGUGCUUUAAAAGAAAUGGGGGAAAUCACAUUCCUUAAACAUUUGUGUUCAUCUCGCAGAAGCCUGUGUCUUAAUUCAUGGAAAUUCAUCUCCUUUUAUUGUAACACCUAAUUAUUGUAAAUUGUGAAUAAUUUCAAUAUUUCAAAGGAUGAUGGGCAACGGUUGUUGUAAUUUAAGUGCUUUUUCUGCAAG